UCUCUCUCCAUAUGGGCCAAGUGCUUGAAUUAGUCAAGUGUGACUCGGAGCGCGUGUGUCUGUGUACGCGCGUGUGUGCCACCAGAGGAAGCAGCAGCAAGAGGCAGGAGCAUCGAUCCGAAGGAGACAGCGCGGGGAGGGGGACGCUAGGGACAGACACCCUCCCUCCUGCGCGCACACGCGCGCGCGCGCACACACACCACACACAGAGGCACACACACAAGCCGUAAGGCCUCGCAGGCAGGGAGACGGCUCCGGGACCGGAGAGAGGCAGCGCCGCCGAGAGCGGCCGCGCAGAGGGGCGAGUCGGCGCAGGGAGCCCUGGGUCCCGCUCUCUGGUCCGGGGCCCCACGCGCACACCGGCCCGGAGACAGCCUCGCAGACACUCGUAGACGCGCACGCGCACCCUCUCCCCUCCCCCUCCCCUCCCGCCUCCUCCCGGCCGGACGAUGGAUCCCUGCAGAUCCCAGGGCUGAGAGCACAGCGCACCGCGCCGAGCCCGGGCGGACCAAGCCGAGGCGAGCGAGCGAGCGAGCCAGCGCGCGCAGGCGGACUGACAGAUCCGAGCCGAGCCGGGCCGGGCGGGCCGCUCCCUGCAGGGCUCUCCGCGGCGUGCCGCGGCGGCCGCGGGCUCCGGCCCCGGGCCAUGAGCCCCUCCGCGACUCGGCGCUGAGCCCGUGAUUGGCCUCGCGCCCCAGGACCCGCCACCGGCUGCCGGCUUCCUGAAGCCCCCUCAGGAUCCCCUGGACAAGGAUGGAACUGAAGGCCGAGGAGGAGGAGGUGGGUGGCGUCCAGCCGGUGAGCAUCCAGGCCUUCGCCAGCAGCUCCACGCUGCACGGCCUGGCCCACAUCUUCUCCUACGAGCGGCUGUCUCUGAAGCGGGCACUGUGGGCCCUGUGCUUCCUGGGCUCGCUGGCUGUGCUGCUGUGUGUGUGCACGGAGCGUGUGCAGUACUACUUCCACUACCACCACGUCACCAAGCUCGACGAGGUGGCUGCCUCUCAGCUCACCUUCCCUGCUGUCACGCUGUGCAACCUCAACGAGUUCCGCUUUAGCCAAGUCUCUAAGAAUGACCUGUAUCAUGCCGGGGAGCUGCUGGCUCUGCUCAACAACAGGUAUGAGAUACCAGACACACAGAUGGCAGAUGAAAAGCAGCUGGAGAUAUUGCAGGACAAAGCCAACUUCCGCAGCUUCAAACCCAAACCCUUCAACAUGCGUGAGUUCUACGACCGAGCUGGACACGACAUUCGAGACAUGCUGCUCUCCUGCCACUUCCGGGGGGAGGUCUGUAGCGCUGAAGACUUCAAGGUGGUCUUCACACGGUAUGGAAAGUGCUACACGUUCAACUCAGGCCGAGAUGGGCGGCCGCGGCUGAAGACCAUGAAGGGUGGGACAGGCAAUGGGCUGGAAAUCAUGCUGGACAUCCAGCAGGACGAGUACCUGCCUGUGUGGGGGGAGACCGACGAGACGUCCUUCGAAGCAGGCAUCAAAGUGCAGAUCCAUAGUCAGGAUGAACCUCCUUUCAUCGACCAGCUGGGCUUUGGCGUGGCCCCAGGCUUCCAGACCUUUGUGGCCUGCCAGGAGCAGCGGCAGCUCAUCUACCUGCCCCCGCCCUGGGGCACCUGCAAAGCUGUUACCAUGGACUCGGAUUUGGAUUUCUUCGACUCCUACAGCAUCACCGCCUGCCGCAUCGACUGUGAGACCCGCUACCUGGUGGAGAACUGCAACUGCCGCAUGGUGCACAUGCCAGGGGAUGCCCCAUACUGUACUCCAGAGCAGUACAAGGAGUGUGCAGAUCCUGCUCUGGACUUCCUGGUGGAGAAGGACCAGGAGUACUGCGUGUGUGAAAUGCCUUGCAACCUGACCCGCUAUGGCAAGGAGCUGUCCAUGGUCAAGAUCCCCAGCAAAGCCUCAGCCAAGUACCUGGCCAAGAAGUUCAACAAGUCUGAGCAAUACAUAGGGGAGAACAUCCUGGUGCUGGACAUUUUCUUUGAAGUCCUCAACUAUGAGACCAUUGAACAGAAGAAGGCCUAUGAGAUUGCAGGGCUCCUGGGUGACAUCGGGGGCCAGAUGGGGCUGUUCAUCGGGGCCAGCAUCCUCACGGUGCUGGAGCUCUUUGACUACGCCUACGAGGUCAUUAAGCACAAGCUGUGCCGACGAGGAAAGUGCCAGAAGGAGGCCAAAAGGAGCAGCGCAGACAAGGGCGUGGCCCUCAGCCUGGACGACGUCAAAAGACACAACCCAUGCGAGAGCCUCCGGGGCCACCCUGCCGGGAUGACAUACGCUGCCAACAUCCUACCUCACCAUCCGGCGCGAGGCACGUUCGAGGACUUUACCUGCUGAGCCCCGCAGGCCGCUGAACCAAAGGCCUAGAUGGGGAGGACUAGGAGAGGGAGGGGGCCCCCAGCUGCCCCCACAUCUGCCCUGGGGACUCCCCACACUCCGGGGCAGAUCUUUCCUCUUGUCUGUGGUGAGGAAGGAGUCUUGACCAUAGAGUCCUCUCCCUGCCUCUAUCCCAUUCUUUUUACAUUCAACAAAACUAAUCUAAAAAAAAAACUAAAAAGGGAGAAUGGGGCAAGGGACCUCAGGCUGCCCCUCUCUCCUCCAUGCUGCCUCCCCUAGCUCCCAGCCUGAAUUCUGUCUGUCUGGCUGUCAUCUGAGUGUCCACCUACAUUCUGCUGCCACCAGUCACCAAAGCCUCCUCCCCGUGAGGGGUGGAAGGGAUCCCUGGGGCCUGGAAUUUGGCCCCAAACCAGAGAAUGUACCUUAAGAGGGAGGGCUAGUGUGGGGGAGGGCGGCUUCCCCAGCCUUAAGAGACCCUCUCAGCCCAGUGACUGUCCCCAGACCCAAGUCUCCUGGCAGGAACUAAAACCUCAGCCCCACUCUCUCACACCAUGUGGAAUCUCAUGGGGGUCGGGGAUCCCCUGAAGAAGUAGAAACGGGGACAAGAUGUGGCCCUGGUGCUGUAGGCUACAUCCUGAUACCUAUAAGUACCCCCCCCCACCCCACAGCUGCUGGAGAGAAAUCCCAAGAGGCAGCCCUCCCUCACCAUCCCAUAAAAGACCUGGCUGGUUAGCGUCCAGCUCAGGGAGAAGGGCGCUGGUGCCCAACCUCACUGGUCCCUCUCCCGGAGGCCCUUGUAGAGGGCCACGUCCAUAAAUUUUCUUAUGGAACUCUCCCACAUCCUCUUCCCCAACUUCAUUUGCUUCUCUCAACAACCUCAUCUGCAUUUUCUAUUUCUAUAUGAUACAGACUCUAUAUUGCUAUAUCCCUGUAUAUACUUUCCCCAGCCCUGUCUGUCUUCACCCCAUCCCCUCUUGUCUCUGAGAACCAUUCUCCCUCCCCAACUUCCAACCUUCUGUGUUUCUGCCCCCUUUCUGGUCUCUGAAUGCCUUCGCCUGUAUAAAGAGUUGGACUCUCUCCCCUGGUGUCUGUACUGUGUACACACAUCCCUCUGAGAAGCACAAGGAGAUGACACGCGCAUUGUAACCUUUGCACUGUCUCAGUGGCGACAAAGGAAGCUGUGAAUCACAAGCUCUGCCUCUUUCUGGCCUCACCUUCUUCCCAAACCUGGGCACCCUCGGCUCUCCCUGCAGCCUUAACAUUCCCUUCCCCUGCUCCUUCUAUCCCGUUGCCCUUUGCCCAGCUGACCGUGGCAUCCCCAGGGAAGGGGUUGCUGUAGAAAUAGCCUCUACCCAGGGGAUGGAGUUCUGCUGUGAACACUAAGCCGAGCGUUCAGAGAUGGAAGGGAGCUGGGGACGGGCGACUCCUGAAGCUGGGGCAAUGGGAUGCUGACAGGGAGAAGCUGAGGUCCUCAGUCAGUGGCCUUUCCUCCUUCUGGGUGCCCAGCCACCUCUUCUCAACUGAUACCCAAGCCCACCACUUUUAUUUUCUGGCAAGGUGGGUUUGGGAGGAAAGAGAGGCCUAGAGGAGGAGUUGAAAGCUCUGCUGUUCUGUCCCUCCCUAUCUUAAUGAGAGACAAGUGAGGUGGAGGCCCACCCCCGCUCCCUCCACCAGACACUCCUCCCAGGCCUGAGCCCCAACCCCUCUCCAGGCCUUCUUUCCCCAGAUGUGUCUUGGUCUCCAAUCCCAGAUCAGGACCUGUGGGCAGGUCACCUGUGCAUUGACCUGGGGCUGGAGAGUAAGGCUAUCGGAUCUUUGGAAACUCUUGGUUCCUAGGAGUUUUUCAGAGAUCAUACCUCCCCAGAGGGAAGCAGGAAUGAGGCCAAAAAGUGUGCACUGGAUAGGGGAACAGCAGGCAGGGCUCCGGGUGACGCAUGCCUCUGGUCUAAUAAACUGGGUUUCAACCAUC